GAGGUCGUCCAGACGGAGAACCUGCAGGUGUUCCUCAGGGUCCGACCGUUCACUAAAGCAGAGAGAGAGAGCAGAGACUCACAGCAGCAUGUGAUCCAGGAGUGUGUGAGCAUCGAGGGGCCGGACACCGUGGUGCUAAGGGCCCCCCGCAGCUGUCAAUCAAAGUCCCUCCCCCAGACAACUCAGAGGUUCACCUUCACUCAGGUGUUUGACCCCGAGGCGAGUCAGAGGAAGGUGUUCGAGGGCUCGGUCCGAGGUCUGGUGCGGGACGUUCUGAUUGGAGGAAACUGUCUGGUCUUCACCUACGGAGUCACCAACGCUGGGAAGACCUUCACCUUCCUGGGUCCGGAGCACGACUCAGGUCUGCUGCCUCGCUCUCUGUCGGUGAUCUUCAACAGCAUCGAGGGGCGGGUCUACCCCCGCAGCGACCUGAAGCCUCAGCGCUGCAGGGACUUCACCCGCCUGACGAGCGAGCAGCAGGCGACCGAGAGCAGCAGCAAGAGGAGCCUGCUGAGGCUGCUCAAAGAAAGCGACAGGAGUCAGACGUCUGGAAGAUCAACUUUCCUCGAUGGCUCCUCUCUCAGCACAGACAGCAGCGUCUCUGAGGACAGCUUCUGUCUCGACGUGGACUCCAACGUCAGGUUCUCCGUCUGGGUCUCUUUCUGCGAGAUCUACAACGACAACAUCCACGACCUGCUGGAACAGGUCCCCAGCGGACAGCAGAGGAGGACGGUGCUGCGUCUGUCCCAGGACGUCAAGGGGAACUCCUUCAUCAAAGACCUGCGCUGGGUGCAGGCGAGCAGCUCCGAGGAGGCGUACAGAGUGAUGAAGAUCGGGAGGAAGAACCAGAGUUUCUCCUCCACGCGCCUCAACAGUCUGUCCAGCAGGAGCCACAGCAUCUUCUCCAUCAGAAUCCUGCGCAUCGCAGACGCCGGCGUUCCCAGAGUCCUGGGGAUCAGCGAGCUGUCUCUGUGUGACCUGGCCGGCUCUGAGCGUUGCUCGCGGACUCAGAACAGCGGGGAGCGUCUGAAGGAGGCGGGUAACAUCAACACCUCUCUGCUCACGCUGGGGAAGUGCAUCAGCGCCAUGAGGGUCAACCAGCAUGCCAAGAUCCAGCACCACGUUCCCUUCAGGGAGUCGAAGCUGACUCACUUCCUGCAGUUCUUCUUCUGUGGUGCCGGGCGCGUCUCCAUGGUGGUGAACAUCAGCAGGAACUCUGCGUGUUUCGACGAGACGCUGAACGUCCUCAAGUUCUCCGCUCUCGCCCAAAAGGUGGUGCUGCUGAGCUCCAGGCCGCUGCCGGUGGACGGCGCCCCCCACAGGUCGGCUCUGGAAGUGUCUCUGAUCAUGGAUGAGGCGGAGCAGCGCAGGACAAAGAGGAAGAGCUCGAUGGUGGCCUGGGAGACAAGUCUGGAGGACGUGAUGGAGGACGGGGGAGAGGAGGAAGAGGAGGAGGAAGAAGAGGAGGAAGAAGAGGAGAGUCCCAUGGAGGGAACAGUGCUGGAGGCCGGAGCAGAGGAAGACGAGGAGGAAGAGGAGGGGGACAGGACCAUAUUCUAUUCCAAUGGUGACGGCGAAGCGGCGCUGCGCCUCCUCCUCGAGGCUCAGAUCAGAGAGGAGGUCAGCUCUGAGUUCAUGGAGCUCUAUAACACGAUGAAGAAGGACUACAGCGAGCGACUGGAGAAGGAAAAGGAGCUGCUGGAGGAGCGAGCGGACAAGAGGGUGGAGAUCCUGAAGAAGCUCGUCAGUAAAACCGUCAGCGCCGACAAAAAGGAGCAGGCGGACAUGUUGGAGACCGAAGACCUGGAGAAAAUCAGAGAGGACGCACACACUGCAGAGCUGGAGGCGCUGCAAUUGGAGAACCAGCGAUCACAUGACCAGCUGCAGGAGAGAGUGUUGGAGCUGAUGGAGCUCAGCGAGCAGAAAGAUGAUGUCAUCAACAAGCUGCAGAGCGCCAUGGAGGACCAGAGAAACGAUGCGCUGAUGGAGGAGGAGCAGAGCAGGAAAAACCAGCGAGAGGAGGAGAGGCGACCAGCGAAGAAGAGAGGUGAGGAUGCAUCCUCUGCAGCAUUUCAUUUAUGUUUA